CAAAUUUCAGGUGUUGUUUAUGGAAUAAUUCAAGGAUAAUAUGGCAGAAAUAAACAAAUAAUUUAUCAGAAAUGAAGGUUAAAACCGGUUUCUUUCCUUUUCCGCCAAUGGACAAAUGAAGCUCGGCGAUACAUUGUUUCGUAAUCUGUGCAUUAAUACGACUGGUUUUUUUUGAUAAAAUCACGACGAUAGUUGAUGCGGUAAUGUUUUAAGAAAUAUAAAAGACAUUAUUACCCAUUACUUUUCUUGUUAUUACCUUUACAAAGAUAAUUUUUCUCACCCGAAAGGUAGAUAGCAAGUUAGAAAGCUAGAAGUGUAUUCCUGUAAUCGGUAUUUGCAUAAUGAUAUUCCUAUAAUUAUUACCCAUAUGAUUUCCUGUCCAUUUUGCAUUUUAUUCAUAUAGACAGGAAAUUUUUUUGGAGAAUUAUCACUUCAUUAAAACGAAUUCCUCGCCAAUUAGCCAUUUGAUUGAUAUGCACAAUAUCAUCACACAUUGAUCAACAUUGUAUAAUAACUUUGAAAAUUAUUUCUGAAAUGAAGAGAUGUCGAAAAGUGGUGAUGUGUCACCAAUGGAACUUCUGAUACUAAAUCGAACGUUUCUUGCCAUUGUUGGAGCUUUACUUCCCGGUAUUGGAUGUUGUAUGUGUAUUGUAUAUAUUUAUGCUAUCGAGUCUUAUCGAAUCGAGAAGUUCAUCGUUCCCCUUUGUCCCGACACUCGCAAUGUGUUGCCACCGAUAAGUUAUAUCAUUGGUCUCUGGGAACCUACUCGAACAGCAUGGCUUUGUGUAUUGUUCAUUAAUUUUCCUGCUAGAAUAAUAUAUCCUUUUUUUUACAAUUAUCUCUAUAAAAGAAGCAAAUCAAAAUAUGCAAAUUUCUGGUGGUAUAGAAUCCUGAACCAAUUUCUUAUGCUUACAUUGUUUUUGGAGCCACUUGCGCUUGUAAUCAUAACGAUAUUCGAUGUUGUUUCUUGCUUUUAUAUCCAUGCAACGGCAUUUGGUGUAUGGCUCAUAGCUCUCUGUUUCAAUAUGCUUGUUUCAAUUCUGCUUUACUACUUUUCCGGCGAGAGCAAAAAACCGGAAGAUCCCAUUUGGUUAUUUCACUUAAAAUUGGUACUAUGUGGUAUUACAAUCGCAUUAUCCCUUCUAAUGUGUUAUACUUAUCUCUAUGCAGUUGCUAAAUGCCAUCAAUUCACAUAUGCGUUGUUCUCAGUAAGCGAAUAUAUAUUGGUGCCAAUUAAUUCGCUGUUCUAUUUUUUAAUUUAUUGGGACUGCUCCAAUGUAUCUAUUAGAUUAACGGGUGAUUAAUGAAGUUAUCUUUGAAGCAAAUAACAACAAAGUAAACAAUUUAUUGCGUUACUUCAAUUCUGAUAUGAAAAAUCAUCGAUUGAAUGAUUUGUAUGUUUUGUUCAUAAUUUGUUAAAUCAGAAUUCAAUCAAAGGAAAUUUCUUUUCCAAGUCCUUUUUAUGUAAUGACC